UAUUGGAAUUAAGUCGUAACUUGCUUAUUUCUCAACCGAUUUUAAUUAGGUUUAUUUUUCUGUAAACGCAAAAACGUGUCCUAUCAAUACAUAACAUUUGAAAAAUAUAUAUUUUUACAUGUGAAAGGUUACACCCAGUUCCCUUAUCGUAAUUGUAGGCCAUUGUACGUAACCGUAUGCAGCACAAUGUACCGGAAUCAUUUUGGUCUUUUGGUUUUCUUGCCGUUCACACACAUGCAAUGCGCUGACGACUUUUAUCCUCCUAGCUUCGCUCGGGCGAAAGCACGCAGCUCAAAAGGGGCUUGUCGUAAAUACCUAUUCAUAUCUGUGGUAGCGACCAUUUUGUUUUGUUUUUCCUUUUUUCUUUAUCGAUCAUAUUCAAAUUACGAACAAACAAAUACAGACAACAUCAUUAGUACAUAAAAUAGUACAAAAUAGGAGCCAGGCGGGUUUUAAAUAAAAUAUUUAAAUGAAGAACAUAAAUUAACAGUUGUAACUUUUUUUUGUAGUUAAAUAAAAUACUCAUGUACUGUCUGGUUUCCAUCUUUAAAAAAAAAAGGUUUUGAAAGACUAAAUUUGGAUUUGUGGCUAUGGAAUUUCGCAAGAAUAAUCCAUAAAUUUAUAAUAAUAUUGUUUUGUUGCUAGCAUUAUCGUACAAACCAAACAAUAAAUUUUUCCAAUGAAGAGUGAAGUCAGAGUCACUAUUAUCAAUAACAAACGGGGAUACAUUUUUCCAGAAUCUGUUAGUUUAAGGACUUUUCUGAAAUAGGUGUGCCAGUGUUUCAGGGGGCAUUUCACAAAAUGAACAAUCAACACAAAUGUCUUUCUUGAAUUUAAGAAGAUAAUGUUUGACAGGAUAGUACCCAUGUAUAAUUUUUAAAGAAAUGUCCCUUGCUCUAUUCGUAAGAAGAUGUUUGUAUGGAAGAAUCUAGAUGGUGUGCUAGUGUACCAUUUUGUAGUUUUUGCGAUUGGUGGACGAUAGACGAUGACGUCAUUAAUAAGACUAUGAUCCGAAACGCCAAUCUGCAUUUUAUGUGAAAAUGCAGUGGUAUGUUUUACUUGUCUUGAUACUACAAAUAUGACGUACCCAAAUGCUGCAUUUCAAUUACAGUAGUGGUUGCGUGGAGUAAAUCAAACAAACGGGUCACAAAAUAAGCCAAAGGACUCCAUUAACCACAAUUCACCUAGGCGUGCUGUGACGUCACAUGGGACCGUUUCCUUCAAAUUGGGACUUGUUGGUUUUGGGUACCUCAUCUCUUUUCUUCUAUGAGAUGAUAUUAGUAAGUACUCUCUUAUAGCUAUGACGUAGUAACAAAAGUCCGCUUGGGUGUCAGUUUAUAUUGUUAUUCUUAAAGGCUUAACGAUAGUGUUCCCAGAUCAUAUAUUUUGGAAAUAAGCAGCCCUUCUUUCUUUGAAAGUCAAAAGUUGUCCGAGUGACGACAGACGUGAAGGCAACUGACGAUCCAAAAUGGCGAACCACAACAAGGAUUUGGAAGAGGAGCUCUACGACAAGGUCGUCGAUCUGACCGAGUACGCCAAACGUCAGCGAUGGUGGAGCCGCCUGUUCGGCAAGACGUCCGGCCCGGUAGCGGAGAAGUACUCGGUGGCCACACAGAUCGCCAUAGGCGGAUUCAGCGGAUGGUGUGCAGGCUAUCUCUUCCAGAAGGUUGGGAAAGUUGCUGCCACCUCUGUGGGCGGAGGACUUCUAUUGUUGCAGAUAGCAAACAAUAGCGGCUACAUCCAAGUGGACUGGAAGCGAGUAGAAAAGGACGUGAACAAAGCCAAGAAGCAGAUCAAGAAGAACACGGAUAAAGCAGGUCCGGAGCUGAACACGUUAGUUGAGAGGUCCACAGAGUUUGUGAAGAAAAACAUCGUGGUCACGAGCGGCUUCGUCGGAGGCUUUCUACUCGGCCUGGCGUCGUAGGCCCGCAUCCGCGACCCACGGAUACGAUGUUGCUCGCCGGCGAUGGACGGGCUGACGGCACGUGUCCAGUAAUCCUGUAGCUGCCUUGUCGGCAUAGGCUCCACCCCUUUUCAUCUCCAUGUAAAGAGGCUGUACUUCCAUUUUUAAGAAGCACUAUCAUUACGGGCUACUACGCUGACUUCUUGUACCGGGCCAAAUAAUUGCCUUUGCGUUACAGUAGGGGUGUUCAAACUUCAUCAAUGAGCCAAUAUUUAAAAAAAAAAAAAAAAAAAAAAAAAAAACAUGUAGCCCCAAAUGACCCUUUAGCUGGACUUUGGACACCCUGUAAUAAAUCCACACAUUAAAAAGGUUGCAACAUUGGUUUUUAUUUUUGCCACGAGUCAAAGUUCCACAUUGUGGUCUUGUGCUGCAUCAAUCAAAAGUCAAUGGAUCAUACUUGAAGUGAAUUUUCAUCCCGAUUGGUUUGGAAUUAUUUUGCCAGCCAUUUCCAUUUUUAUGCUUUGUAAAUGAGCAAUAAGUUCAUGCUUAAUAUAUAACACACGUCGCUCGUUCUAAUGUAUGUUUGAAGAACAAAUAAAAAUACAUUUGAACUUGAA